UAAUAGCACGAGUGACAAACCAAAGGUAGAACAAACUGGUCGGUGAUAAUACUAAGGCAAUGCCAGUGCUAUGGCUAUGUCUAUUGAGUGGAAACCUAUAACGUUGUGAUGUCAGCAUUUAGAAGGAGACACCAAACUGGUACUUGUGGACUACUAUAAUUACCACACAUGCAGUCAGUAAGGCAAGUGUCUGUUGUAUAUCACUACCAUUGUCAUCUAUGGUGAUCGAUGUGCAGUACAACUAAACAUGCAUGGCCUUUAAGCAUGGUGUGACGUGUACAAUAUGAUUUUAAUUUAUGGGAAUCAUAACCACUAUAGCGAGCUCACCGUGACACAGCCUCUUGGUAGUCUAAGUGACUACCAUGACAUGUGUGCUGCACAAUGUCUACUAUUUUUCAUCCAGUGUUAGUGAUGAAAUAUCUCAGGGAAAAAAAUACCAACUCGUGGAUGCGUUAUAGACACAGCCUUUGUUGAGGAAAAUUGUUGUGUGAUGCCUCGUAGUUUAGUGCAGCCAUGAGGCGCAAUAUACGAUGGCAAAUAAAACGACUGCUCGUCGUCGUCAUUAUCCUGUUCUGCUUCCUCAACUUCGGGAGGGUCUUUCUGGCGCUGGAAUCCAGCGAGUUGAAUUCCUUCGCCGCGGAUGCAAAACCGCGACACGACCUCAACUAUAUAAGGGAGCUCUAUCAGAAGCAAAUCAACAAUGAGGAAGUCAGUCUCGAUGAGGAAUAUUUCGGAGCAUCACUGACGAUUGGCCCUACGGUAAGCAUUGGACCCAUGUACAGUGAUGAAGUUAUCAACCCACACCCUUAUUCUUUUACACUGACCAACCCCAACGCCUGUGUGGGCAAUGCGGAUGGUGACUCUUCCAGCAAUGAACUCUUCCUUCUCUUAUUGGUGAAAUGCAGCACUUCGGAGUUCCUAGACCGGGCGCAGAUACGUCGGACUUGGGGUGGAGUACGCUACCUCAAGGGAAGACGGACGUUGACAAUGUUCCUCCUUGGAUUACCGGAGAGUGCUGAAGAGCAGGGAAGGAUCAUAAUGGAGGAUGCCAUCCACCACGAUGUGAUCCAGGAGAACUUCUUAGAUACAUACCGCAAUCUCACCGUUAAGAACAUGAUGGGGUGGAAAUGGAUGACGACGUACUGCCCGCACGCCACCUAUGCGGCGAGUAUAGACGCUGAUAUGCAUCUCAAUAUCCAUAAUUUAUUGGCCCAUCUUGAGACCGCAAACACAACUAACUAUGCAGAAGGCCACCUUAAACCCACAGAUAAACCCAUGAGGAAUCCUGAGGACAAAGCCAAUAUAAAAUGGUACACCCCACCCGAGAUGUACCCAGAAACCACGUAUCCGCCAUUUUUAAACGGGGCGUGUUACGUGUUGUCUGGUGACGUAGCCAGGAGGAUUUUCAAAACCUCACUGCAUGUCCGUUUUCUUCCUUGGGAUGAUGUCUUUGUUGGCAUGGUGAUGAAGAGAUUAGGGGUUUCACCGUCCGAACAUUUGUCUUUUGAACAGUUCAGGAAGCUGCAGAGAACACGAGAUUACUUGAGGGCGUUUGCGGGUGGAAUAGCAACAGGGGUCGGUCACCAUCGUAAAACAAUGGAUAGUAAAGUCAUCAGUGUAUGGGACUACAUCAGCACUAUGCACUUAAUCUUGAAUACUUUCAAGAACUCAACUUAAACGUAAAACCAACGAACACGCGUCCUUCGUGAUGUCCCAUCGAUGUUUACUAUUGUUGUAUUUUUACUUGCCUUGGCAGAAAUAGCCAUUAUCACAGUGUUGUCACUAUCGUUGCGUGCAAUACUUGCAAAAGAGACUGCAUCGAACCAAAACGAGGCCAGACCUACUUUGCCUUUCUAGCCUCACUUUGGUUUCAUUUUUGUUAAACAUGAGAGAGAGAAAGAAUUUGUGGCACUAUGGUGAGGUGGGGUCAAAUUAAAUCUUAUAUAAUAUUGUAUUUUUUGUGCGAAUUCUGGUUUAAGAAUUUGUGGCACUAUGGUGAGGUGGGGUCAAAUUAAAUAUUAUAUAAUAUUGUAUUUUUUGUGCGAAUUCUGGUUUACUUUGGUGUUAAGUUUUGUUUUAAAGCAAUAAAGGGAUUGCCUUGGGUCGGUCGAGUU